CGCAAUCUCCCUGAGUUGCCGCUCUAUGCUACAGCCUGGGUCGCGUAUUUGGCUGCAGCAAAAUACUGAUUGGGAUGCAAUGAGCACAGGUCUAUUGGAACUAUGAAUUCGCAAGGGCUUCACGGCGGCGCGGCCUUCGACCGCGACCGUGAGGUUGACGAGCAGCGUCAUCGGGCAGCCCUCCAACAACAGGACGAGAUAGCACACCGGGAGCGCGAGCAGACUGAGCGACAGCACCGAGAACCAUACCAGCCCAGCGCUCCUCAUCACAGCAGUGCCGGCUCAAUACCCCUCCACCAGCCAGUUGCCGCGCGCAUGAACUCGAUCCACAGCCCCGGUGGCCUUCUCGCAAACCACGGAGGCUCAACCCAAUCCAUGCCCAUGGGCCCUCAUCCUGGCCCUGUCUCCAACUUCGGGGGCCCGAUGCAUAAUGAUCCUGGCCGGCCUUCACAGCAGCACCCCGGCCCUCCUACCGGGCCAGGACCUCAGCAUCAGAUGUUUGCGCCACUGGCCCACGCCCCCAGUGGACCCAACAACUCCCUCGGCGCGUCGAACGGCCCGGCCUCCAUCUUUGGCGGACCCUUGCAGCAGGAUAAUGCUCGACCGGCGGCCCAAGACGGUGCUCGGGUGAUGCAGCAGAUUCCCUUUGGUUCGGGUAUGGGCGGCGGCGGCGGCCACCCGAUCCCACCGGCGGGGCCUGGGGGAGUACCUCAGGGCCAGCAGCCCAUCUUGAAUGACGCGCUGAGCUACCUUGACCAAGUCAAGGUGCAGUUCCAUGAGCAGCCAGACGUGUACAACAGAUUUCUAGACAUCAUGAAAGACUUCAAGAGCCAAACCAUUGAUACCCCAGGAGUCAUUAGUCGAGUUUCCGAGUUGUUCGCCGGCCACCCGAACCUGAUCCAGGGCUUUAACACCUUCUUGCCGCCAGGCUAUCGGAUUGAAUGCGGGCUUGAGAACAACCCGAACAGCAUCCGCGUGACGACGCCCUCGGGCUCGACAAUCCACUCGAUCGGUGGACCAAGGCCUGUCCCGCCAGAGCCAAGCCAGCCAGCACCUGGUCCCACGCAGGCAUAUAUCGGCCAGCGCCCCGGGGUCUGGCAAGUGCAGCAGCAACAGGUGCAGAAUGCUGCCGAAAGCCCCGAAGCCAACUUCAGUGUUCCUGCUCCCACCGGCCCUGCCCCCUUUCCUGGCUCCAGUCAGAGUGCAUCUUUCGAGGGCAACAGUCCGAACCAGCAGAGGGCGGUACCCGCAAUCCAGGCCGGUUCUGCUGUGGGCCUCGCCCCUGUACCAAGGAAUGCGCAUACUCCAACUCCAGCGGGUGGUCAGGGUAAUGUGAACGGCGGUCCUUCGCAACAGACCACCAUGGAAAAGCGUGCCCCUGUCGAAUUCAACCAUGCUAUUAGCUACGUGAAUAAGAUCAAGAACCGCUUUCAGGACAAGCCAGAAAUCUACAAACAAUUUCUCGAGAUCCUCCAGACCUACCAGAGAGAGCAGAAACCCAUACAGGACGUCUAUUCUCAGGUGACAACCCUGUUCCACACCGCGCCAGAUCUUCUCGAAGACUUCAAGCAGUUCCUCCCCGAAUCUGCCGCCCAAGCGAGAUCAGCCGGCGCUCGGAUGGAGGAAGCAAUCAACCUAGGCGCUGCCGCCGCCGCACCCUCUCUCCAGCCUGGACAGCCUACGCGGGAUGGGCCAAAGAUGCCCCCUGUAGGGAAUUUUGCGCCGCCGGCGAGCGCUGGUAAGGAAAGCAGGAAGAGACCUCGACCUGAGAAAGCAGCCCCCGCCUCGACAGCUCCAGUCUCCGAAGUGCCGACGUCGGCCGUCCGAGGAUCUGUCGCCGCUACCUCGAGUGGAAACAAGAGGGCCAAGCUGUCCCACAAGCCAGGUGUCCCUGAUGGUCCACUCGUCGAGCCUACCCUGACGCCGAUCAUGCCCGAACCUCUUGGGCCGUUGCCGGUUGCAGCUUCGUAUCCGGAGGACAUGCACUUCUUCGAUCGCGUCAAGAAGCAGAUCGGAAACCGAACGACGACAAACGAGUUCUUGAAGCUCAUCAACCUGUUCGUCACGGAUCUAAUCACCAAGGAGGCGCUCGUUCACAAGGCGAGUCAGUUCAUCGGGUCUAGCCCCGAUCUUAUGAACUUCUUGACGUCCUUGCUCCAGUGCAAUGGCGAGGAUGAAGAGGUUGAGAAUCUGCCAGGGGCACCCAUUGGGCGUGUCUCCCUGAGCAACUGUCGUGGCUACGGGCCAAGCUAUCGCCUUCUCCCCAAGCGCGAGCGUAUGAAGCAGUGUAGUGGCCGCGACGAGCUGUGCAACUCGGUCCUUAACGAUGAGUGGGCGUCACAUCCGACCUGGGCAUCCGAGGAUUCGGGGUUUGUUGCCCACCGGAAGAAUGGCUACGAAGAAGGCCUUCAUCGUAUCGAAGAAGAACGCCACGACUACGAUUUCUAUAUCGAGGCGAAUCAGAAGUGCAUCCAGCUACUGGAGCCAAUCGCGCAGCAGAUGCUUACCCAGCCGGAGACGGAGCGAGGCACGUUCAAGAUGCCAUUCGCCUUGGGUGGCCAGAGCACCUCCAUCUACAAACGUGUUCUUAAGAAGAUAUACGGUCCGGUGAAGGGUGGCCAGGUUGUCAACGAAAUGUUCAGCAACCCGUUCUCCGUCGUCCCCAUAGUCAUGGCACGCUUGAAGCAGAAGGAUGAGGAGUGGCGGUUCACCCAGCGUGAGUGGGAAAAGGUCUGGCAAAGCCAGACUGAGAACAUGCACUUGAAGAGUCUCGAUCACAUGGGUAUCCAAGUCAAGUCGAACGAUAAGCGUACCCUCUCGGCGAAACAUCUUGUCGAUGUUAUCAAGACGAGGCACGAGGAGCAGAGGCGCGCCCGAGCCGCCAAGGGCAAGACCCCACGAUACCAGUUCCUCUAUAGCUUCAAAGAUCAGGAUGUCCUCCUCGACCUCCUCCGCUUCAUGAGCGUCUUCGCCACUGUGGGUGGCCAGCACAAUGCAAUGGAGCGGAGGCGCAUCCUGGACUUUUUCGAAAACUUCAUCCCUCAAUUCUUUGACCUCCCAGAGGAGUUGGUCCAGGAGAAGCUUGCGGAUAUCGACCAGGAUUCGGCCGAGGAAGAGGAAGACGAACCAACGCCGGCCGAGCUGACGAAUGGGCGGCCUCGCCGCAAUGGCAAGAAAUCGGACCUCCUUCGUGGCGUGUUGGACCCCGGCCGCAACGGCAGCAGGUCGCGGACGCACAAAGAAGAGAGCGCCGCAUCUGGCAGCAAGGAGACGACACCCGAUGUCGGAUCUGGCAACGACGAAGAAGCUGCCGAUGCCGCAGAAGACGUCGCUGUCCCGGAAGUGUCCAACGACCGAUGGUUGCCCACGGUCCCUCGGCCGACGAUAGUCAAGGAAGCGAGGAAUCGCAGGGAUGACCAUGAUGGCGCCUUGCUCGACGUUGAUGGCGAGCUCAAGGCAGACGCGCCAUUCCCACGUUCCUGGUACAAUUUCUAUUGCAACCAGAACAUCUUCGUCUUCUUCAGCGUCUUCCAGGCGCUAUACAGCAGACUGGAGGGCGUCAAGAACAGCCCGGAGAGCGUCAUUGAGCAGAUCCGACGCGAAAAGGCCGAGAAGCCGGCCAAAGUCCUUGGCCUUGUCCGCGAUGAUAUGCACUUCUUCGACGAUGAAAAUCCCGAGACCUUUUGGCCUCGCACCACGGAGCUGAUCGAGGAAUUCAUCACCGGCGAGAUAGAUGAGGCCAGGUAUCAAGACAUUCUCCGGCAUUACUAUCUGAGGAAGGGCUGGACUCUCUACACCAUCCAGGACCUUCUCAAGAUCCUGUGCCGGGUUGGCCUCGCGUGCAACAACCCCGACACGAAAGGCGAAAAGACGAAGGAGCUCGUCAGGGAGUAUCUGGCAAGCCGCCACCAAGAGGAGACGAGCUACCAGACCGAGAUCAGCGCGCGCAAGUUUGCUGAAAAGUGCAUCAAGGACGGCGAGAUGUUUGUCAUCUGUUGGUAUCCGUCCAAGAAGGAGACAACAGUCCGCUGGCUGCAGAAAGAUGAGACCACCUUCUACACGGACGAGAUGGAGCGUAAGGAGCAGUGGCAGUACUACAUCUCGUCGUACAUGCGCAUCGAGCACACGGAAGGCGUCAUUCGGUCACGACUCCAGAAAGUGCUGCUUGAGCGGAACCUCCCAUCGGGUGCUAAUGACUCUUCCGAUGACGGUUAUAAACCCAAGCCUCUGUUUGUCCACGAGGGCCUGAUCCUGCGCAUCUGCCUGCUUUCCUACAAGAUCGUAUACGAGAAGGACACUUCGGAUUACUUCGUCUACAACACGGCCCACUUCGACUCGGCUGACGAGCGGAAAUUCCACGAAGAUAAGCAAGUCUUCAUGAAGGAGGUCCGCGAGGAGAGGUUCAAGGAGAAGAUGGUCAUGAACAGCCCCUGGAUGAAGAAUAUGAGCCAGGAGGAGGUCCAGAAGAUGAAUGAGGACUAUCAGAAGUGGGCCAACCAGGGUGUCCCAUUGCCUUCGGCACAGAGGCAGAGCGGAGAUACGGCCAUGACUUCCUAAACAGCCUCCGCGUGCGCCAACAGCUUCCAGCACAAGUCUACAUCCAGCGUCGACUUAUUUUUUUCCUUGAACUUAUCACGACUUCAGCGCGAUCUUUUGGGUUAGCUCAUCAUUGGACGUAACCAUGUGCAACAAGAGGCUACACGGAACUUUGCAGGGUAGAGGUGGUGG